GCCGGGCGGGCCGCGGGUGGCGGCGGCGGGAGGCGGCGGGCCGUGUCCCCGCCCCGCGGCGCUCUCCCCGCACACGCCCGCCCUUGCGCCGCCGCUGCCAUUGGGAGCCGAGCAGCGCCGAGGCUGAGCCGAGCCGCGCCGAGCCGAGCCCAGGCAGCCGCCGGUCCCGCUCCGCCGCCAUCGCCAUGAGCUUCUUGUUUGGUAGUCGCUCUUCCAAAACCUUCAAACCAAAGAAGAAUAUUCCGGAGGGGUCUCACCAGUAUGAGCUGCUAAAACAUGCCGAAGCCACGCUUGGAAGCGGUAAUCUCCGGAUGGCCGUUAUGCUUCCAGAGGGUGAAGACUUAAAUGAAUGGGUUGCAGUUAACACUGUCGACUUCUUCAACCAGAUUAAUAUGCUUUACGGAACCAUUACGGACUUCUGCACAGAGGAGAGCUGCCCUGUGAUGUCUGCUGGCCCAAAAUAUGAGUACCACUGGGCAGAUGGGACAAACAUAAAGAAACCAAUUAAGUGCUCUGCACCAAAGUACAUUGAUUACCUGAUGACUUGGGUCCAGGAUCAGCUGGAUGAUGAAACGCUAUUUCCUUCUAAAAUAGGUGUACCGUUCCCAAAGAAUUUCAUGUCAGUGGCAAAGACAAUUUUAAAGCGUCUCUUCAGAGUUUAUGCUCACAUUUAUCACCAGCACUUUGAUCCAGUGAUCCAGCUACAGGAAGAGGCACACCUUAACACUUCUUUCAAGCACUUUAUAUUUUUUGUUCAGGAAUUCAACCUUAUUGAUAGAAGAGAACUUGCACCACUUCAAGAACUGAUUGAAAAACUCACCUCUAAGGACAGAUAAAAGGAAGAGCAUUUCUUGAAGUCACUUGUUUCUUUAAGCAAAUGUGUGGUAUUUGUUUUUUGUUCAUUUGUUUUUUUAAAAAACAAAACAAAAACCUGUGCUGUUACUAAUGGCAGCCAAGAUCUACUUUCUGUGCUUUUAUUAGGGGAAAUCUUUUACCUGUUAGUGACACGUGGUAAAUAGCUUUUUUUUUUUUUUGAUUGUUGUUAUUCAUUGUGGAAUUUUAGCAGGUGCUGAGUGUUUAUAAAGGAAACAUGCUUGGUUGGGGGAUUGACUCUGCUGGUGGAUGGGUUCUUGUAUUGUGUCAGUGGUAGCCCAUUCUCAUGAAGUCCCUAAAAGACUUGCUUACAUUCUCUAAGUGCCUUGGCAGACUCACUUCUGAGGUGCAAAGCACAUAUAGUACUGAACAUUGCUGGAAACAGAAAAUAUGAACUAACACCCAGGACACUUACUGAUACUUGUUUUAGAAAAAUAUAUAUAUGCUUACACUAAAAAAAGCCAUAACUUACUGAAAUCAAUGAUCUCCAGCUUUUAAUACAAAUAUUUGUCUUAUUUUUUUAGAGAUUAAUAUAGAUUUUUUCAAAACUAGAUAUUUCUUAUAAAGAAAAGUGAUGGUGAAGUUCUAUUUGCUAAAGCAAAAUGAUGAAGGCGGUGUCAAAAUUACAAAGAACCUGUGCUUAGCAAGUAGUUACAUUUCUGUUGCCAUUGGUUUUGGCUUUUCAUAGUUGCUUUUAUUUUUUUAACAGGGAAGCAUCAACUUGGGUCAGUCACUUUUGUUAAGUUUUCCUAGCAUUUGCCAAAUGAACGGUUAGUUUGCACAGAUACAGUUAGGGAAAAUAGUCAAUCUAAAAAAAUGCAUUGGGGUAAUACUAAGAAAAAUUUGGCUUGAAGAAUAACUAGUGAAAUGACGUUCUUCAGUUGGGAACAAAAUACCUGGCUCUGUGGAGGAGCUCUGGUGGCUAGUAUUUUCUGUGGUAGGAAAUGCAUCUUGGAGGGAAUAUAAUUUCAUGGACCAUGAGAAAACCUAAUCAAAAUGUGGCAUUCCCCCACCUGGGUUAGUGUCUUUCCCUCUCUAGCCUUGUGUUUUCUCAAAUCAGAAAUGAGAAUCACCUGUGAGAAAGUAAUCUCUGGGAUGAUCCACAGAUGAUGACUUGGAAAUUUCUGCUGCAACUGUAUCAGUCAGGUUUCCCAUUGCAGAAGCCCGUAUGACUAGCUCUCUUGUUCAUUUAUGGAUCUUGUCAAAGCCGUUGUAUUUUGGAUUCAAAGAAAUCUGUAUGGGGUUCUGCAAUGUGCUAUCUCAUGAUAUCAGUAGUUGCCAAAUACAGUACACCAGGUGGUCAAUGUUGCCAGGCUUUGAUAGUUUGUGACUCUGCAAAACCACCAUUUUCAGACCUGAGUAGCAUGAAGAUGUUUAAGUGGCUGGUGUACGCUAGACUGACUCUUGAGCCUCUAAAAUUUGCAGGCGAAGCCAAGGUUAACAUGCAACAGAAAAGUUGAGGUUAUGUUUUGUGCACCUUUGCUUGACUGAAAAUGCUGAGUAAAGUGGAAAAUACUGUGCAGCAGCCUGCAAAAUAUGGAAGUGGCCAUUAGUAUAGCCAGCUAAUAAACAUCUAAGCACACUCAUUUUUGGGAGACUAGAAUCGCUACUUCUGAGUUAAAAUGAUCUAUUUCAGAAGCUUCUGAAGGUUAUUUUAAGACCUAUGUUAUCUUCAAUGGAGUUAAAUUUUCUAGUCUGUUUCAGCUGCUUCCUGGAGAAGCAAUUUAAUGUUUUGUUACCUCUUCUGUCUCUGUCUCUGUCUGUCUGUCUGUCUCUCUCCCCCCCUGCCCUUAAUAGACUUGAGAACAAUUGAGAAAAACUAGUAUUGAGGUAUUGAGCUAUACAAAACUGGCAUUUUGUACUUGUUUCACUGCUUUUUAUUUAGAAAUGGAAAUGUGGAGUGUUGCAUAGUGAAGAAUGGUCACGCAGUGGUGUUCAUAUUGAAUUUAGGUUUGGCUACACUAAUGUUAGAUACAGAGGCUGCUUGCAGAACAACCUGCAGCUUAGCAUUUGUAAUUAAAACAGUCCUUGGUUUCAUUCAAAGCUUCAUUACAGUUCAAGAAAAUGUAGAAUGUGUUUGGCUCCUUUGCAGAUCAAUGUCAUAGCCCAUUAUAAUCUGCUCAAAGGACAAGGGAAAUUUUCAGUUUUCCUUAUGUUUCGGCUUUUUUUUUAUAUCAUACAGAAUUACCAAGCUUUCUUAAUGUGUGGAUGUCCAAGGAAAGGACUUUUAUAUUGUGUUUUUCUUAACAUUGAGUGUUGGGAUUGGAUUGCAGUUACCACAGUCCACACUGAAUCAAGCUGGUGAUGCGAAGAGAGCUUUCCCUCAAAUGUUUUAACAAACUCUUAGUUUAAAAAGGGUGGAGUAAGGUCUUACCCCUUCUCCUCAGCCAGUAAGGAUCUUGACUCUUCCAUGUACAUACACACACGUGGGAGGAAAAGAGGGGAGAUACUCAAUGUCUCUUACCUCUUCAGGGAGUUGGAGGUUGGAAAAAUAUGCACAAGGCAUAAGAAAAUUAGAGCCAAAAGCAAACAAGAAGCACGAGCACAAUUUCCUUUCCUUUGCCAAGUUGCCUAUGACUGCAGUAUUCACCCCAAUGCUUUUGUCAGUCCUGCUGUUCGUAGGACAUACUUGGUCUGGCAAACAUUGGAUUUCCUCAUGUAAUUCUGUUGGCCAGUGGAAGAGUCAGUCGGUGCUGUAGGACCUAAAUGCUGCUGUCUGGAGUUGAGUAGUGGGUUGAUAAGAAAGAAGGAGCUCCCGUGGGCAAAAUAUCCCAUGUGUUGGACUGGGCAAGUACCAUCCUGUUGAACAGUUGGAGAAAAAGUGUUCCUUUGGUAGGUGCUAUCGUUUUUAUGGGCUGUAUGGUAUGUUUGACAAGGUAGCUGGGAAUGCAGUACUUCUACGGACCGUGUGCAUCAUUUGUGAUGUCUUUGCAGCUGCAGGAUUGUUUUUAACUGAGUAGCAUACCUGACAUCUGAUGUGGACGUGACUACUUAAGCCUGGUUUGGCAGCAGUAGGGUGCCAGAGCUAGCUUUGGGUGCAGGGUUGGAGGGCUCUCUUAGCUCAGGACUGAAAAACGCAAAAGACUAUUGUCUUUUUAGUGUUACGGGAGCGGUCAGCAUCUGCCUGACUAUGCAAAAGCCGCUUAACUCCCAAAUUUGAACUGCAUGAUUUUAAACAGACUCCAGUCAUGCAGGGAGCUGAAUUUAAGAACGUGAUCUUAGACACACAGCCUUUUAUGCAUGCUUCUAUCCAACGAGUGUUUAAUGACUGAAAAUUUCCAGCUACAGAGGCGUGAAGAGUGCUGCAGAUGCAUUUUGAUAUUAAAAAUCCUGUAAACUUUCCAAUGAAAACCUCUUCGCUGGGUUGAGUCAGUGCUGCUCAAGAGGCUGCUGCGUGUGCAUGUUCACUGUGCUGAUAGUGCUUACUGGAGAGGAGCCUUUUAACCAGUGCUAGAGCUCCUGUUAUCGCAUUGCAGCAAGACACGAGAGUGAGGAGAAUGGCAGAAGCCUGCUCCAAGGUGCUAAAUAGGAGAUAUCCUCCGUUAGAUUUAAAGCUGUCUCGCUGGCGUGGUGUCAUGUACCAGCACAAAACUCAAAAGAAAAAUAUUUAGAAGUGAGGAUUUGUGUGGAGUGAUAUCAGUGUGGUAGUUCUCUUUUUUGGCAUACUUCUCCUCUGAAAGGUUGUUUUUUCUGUUGUUGUUGGUUUUUUGUUUUGUUUUGUUUUGUUUUUUUUUAACUAGCCAGUUCUAGAAAUUCAGAGGCAUCUGCUGCAGUUCAGCCAAUUAGAAUGUAUUAUGUAAAAAAAAAAAUAGUGUUGCGUGAAUAGCAUAUUUUUUGUAUUUAGUAUCUGGCAGUAGAAAACACUUUUACAGAAUAGUUUCUAGGCAUGUAAUAAAAGCUUGGAGAUCAUGAUUUGCCUGACAGCUGUAUGAACACAUUGUUUAAUUAUACAACACUUGAAAAUAACAACAUUGAAGAUAUGUAUGCAGUGUUUGGGAUUUAGUAUCCCUAUGCUGUUUAUAUUUGCAGCUUUUUAAUUGUUUUUUUCUUCAAAAAGAUGUGGGACCAGACGUUGAUGUGUGUUUACACUCUUGAAGUAAGGGCACAUUGAAACGCUAAACAACAGUUGCCAUGUUGUACAAAUGGAAUCUCCAUCCAGUGAAUGUGUUUAUAAAAUAGUGCAUUUGUUGGGGGGAAGGGGGAGGACACCCCCUCGCCCCCCCCCAAAGAAAACACAGAGAAAUGAACCCUGAACAAACCCCACGCUGCUCUAGACCCACAUGACAGACGGACUCUGUUCUGUGUCACGAGCGCUUUGAGACAAAAACUUUGAGCUUUGUUGUCACUGGGCGCGGAAGGUGCUGGUGGGUUUAAACCAGGCUGGGCUGCCAGCGCUGGCUGAGGCCUUCCACUAUAAUAGGGUCCUGAAAUUCUGUGGUUUGUGGUGUUUUUCAGCUACCAGCGUAUUAGACCUUGUCAGUGAUUCGGGUGGUAACUUCAGGAGGUCAUCUACCUCGAGACAGGAUGGGGCAAACUGCUAAGUUCAUCAAGUUCGGCCACCGUUGCCAAUCGUGACAGUGUUUAGAUGGUGUGGAUACAUGAUGUUCGCAGAAAUAGUUUUUCAAGCCUUUCAAAUUCAAGUCAGGGAUACAAGUUAAUAAUGCAAAUAGAAAAUAAAAAUGCCACAUUCUGCUGUUGCAGGUAGCUGAAUGGUAGCUGAAGGCAGAAGACAGGUUUCAAGGGGCAGGUGGCCCAUCUGCAAGUAUCAAGUUUCUUUUACUGCUUACUAUGCAAUGUAGAGCUUUGAACUUUUGCUUUUACUUUUAAGAUAAGAGGAGCACUGUCCUUAUUCAGUAUUUAGGAACUGAACACUCUCCCAGUGUCCCUGACACUCAUUUAACAGGUAAGGAUACCUAUUUGCUGCUAUGGACUUUACUUACCUUUCGGAUUGUUCCUUUCUGUUUCUCGCCCCCCCUCCCUUUCUCUUGAAUCACCAAACACAAUUUUACUGUAAACCCAUCCUUUUUGGAUAGUUGUUCUUUUCCUUGCUACCCUCUCCCCCCUUCCUACCUGCCAGAGUGCUGUAUUACUGUAUAUAAACCGCCCCCUUUUAGUUGGACUAUUUAAAAAGCUGCAGCACGAACACAGACUCCUUGCUUUUCUCUCACUGAAAGAUUCCCUGUUACACUGAAUCUUGUUUCCUUCACUGCUGAUGUAUCAGUUGUCUUUUUUCCAAACUGCACUACUAAAACCACUAGCAGUUUAAUGAAUGCCUGUCAUCUUUUCCUGGAUAUCUUCUCUUUUAAGAUGAGACUAACAUUGGUUGUUUUAAGGGUUAAACUUUUUUUAUUUUCCUUCUUUUCUUACAAUUUCCUCUUGCCAGGUUAAGAUUGCAGUCUAGGUAAAUAUCGAAUUAUGUUUUUGUUUGAAGAACCAAUUCCCUAAAUUGUUCAUAGAGUAUUGUAUUUUUAGGGGAAAUUAAUUUUUAUAGCCACUAAACUAUACUCAUUAUUUUUGUACAUUUGCAACUUCUGACAUUUUUCAGAGACAUGUCGCGGAGGGAACACUUAUUUUCAUGGCUGUUUUACUACUUAGGUAUGCUGUGGUUGUGUUGCUUAGUACCUAGAAGCACAUACCUUGAUGUGCAAUGCAAGAGAGAGAAGAAUGCAAUAAAAGUGAAUGAGGUUUCAAUAAAAGGCCAUUUUUGAAGGAAAAAAAAAAAAAAAAGGAUAUUAUGAAAGCAACACUAACCUUUCCUCCUCCUUUAGAAUCCUAAAAUAUAUGGGAGAAAAUGCGGUGUAAAAUAGAAAAUGCAAGAUGAGAACCCUUACUGUAAGCUAACUGUGCCAAUAUCGCUUCAGUUUGUAGUCACUUGAUUGGUAUUUUAGUUUUAAAUGAGAACAGCUUUUGAUGAAAAAAAAAAAAAAAGUUGAAUGUCUGAAAAUCUGCAACAUGUUUAUUUGAGAGUUGUAAAUAAUGUAUACAGAUUGUUGUAUGUGAUGGGACAAAAUAUUUAAAUUCUAGGUUUUUUUUCAAUAAGAAACUGAAGGCUGUUUAUAAGAGAAAAUAAAUAGCUAUGUUUGACCAUGAUUGUCUUUAUUUCCUUCUUGAACUUGUUUCUAAAUUAUCUUCUGCGUGUAGAUAGAUUUUUUCCUGUAUAUUGUACACAUAUGCAAAUUACACAUACAAAUUAGAUUUUUGUAAUUGCCUUGUCUGAAUUUGUGAAUAUUUGUAUUGCAGGCAGACACAAUAGCAAUAAAACAACCUGAUACCCUUUUCA